UGAUAAAAUGGGAUGGUGGUAAAAAAGAACAAAAUAAGGGUGGGUGUCAGUCGUAAGUCGAUAAACCACGCGAAACGCGGACAACUAUGCGCGCAACUGCAAUAUGGUAAACGGGGAAAAAGCGCAAUGCGGUUCAAGGAUGCCGACAUCUCGGUACCAUCGCAUUUUGUUCUAAAUAACAAUCAAUCACACAGAAAUUCUUUUGACCUUGAAAACCUCGACGAAGUUAAAAAUCACAACGAUCCAACUACAAUUGACGAAGAAAAAAACGCAGAUUUUCAAAUUGCUGAGGACACCAGUUUAUGGUCUUCCAUUGCGAAUAGUAGAACUAACGCGAAUCUUGAUUCUGGCAGUUGCAAUAAUAUCAACAACAUUUUCCCAGUCUCAAAACUUUAUCAGAGUAGUUCUACUGAAAGUCUCGAAGAUUUCGAAGAAUCUGAAGAUCAUUCACAUGAAUCAGCACCAUCAGAUUGGUCUGAUUGGUCAGAAGAUAGCAAUGUACCGCCGGGAUGUCGCGGUAUUGUUAACCCUAAUUACCCAGGAUUUCAUCACCUCGGUCCAUCCUUACUUUCUGACACUGACCUGACUGAAGAUGAAUUAGACAUACACGAUAUUCCAAGAGUAAACAAAAUUCAAGAUUCUGUUGAUAUUGGAAAUGAAUUCAACAAUAACAUUAAAGAGCAAUUAACUUCGGAAAAUAUCAACCAACUCAGUGGUCAUAAUUUUGAGCAUAAGACAUUUUACGACAAACCAAAAUUCAACAUUCAUAAUAUAUCUUCUCUUUGUGAUUCAGUUAUAACUCCAUCAGAAAAGUGCAUAAAUUAUGUAAGAGCUGUCAAAAUUUCCCAAAACGAGGAUGUUGCAGAAUCAAAAGUUAAUGAAACAGUAGAAAAUUUCACAGAGAAAAAUAAUUUUCAACUGUUCGAGACUGCUCUGAGAAAAUGCAAAACAGAAGAUUCAGUAGUUGAAGUUGAAAUUGUCGAAUUGAUGACUAGUGUUAAAGAAAGUCUUCAAUUUCCGGAAAUAGAAGAAAUAUCUGAAUUCACUAAAACGAGUGAGAUAUCUGAAGACGUUGACUUGAUACGAGAAGCAAAAGAAUUGCCUCGUCAAAUGGGGGCAUCUAUUACCAAUAAUGUCGAAGAUUCGGCAAAUAACACUGACUCUGAAAGUUAUUCAGAAGAAAAUCAACCUUACUCAAAACUAGAUGAAAUUGAUCUUUUAUCUAGUAUCGGACGUGACAUUGGUGUUGAUCUUGAGAAAUAUGUUCAACCAGUACCAGACGUAAUUGCAAUGGAAACAGUUGAAAUUCGAUCAUCGAGAACACGAUUUACUAAUGCAUUCGUGAAGGAAGCUCAAAAGGUGGAUACAAAUAAACUUUUGGAUAGAGAAUUACCUGAAACUUCAAUCCCAGAUUUCAAGAAGAAAGAGAAAAUGGUUAAAAAUCAAGCCAAGAGAAAAGAACAUACUCAUUUUGGAUGUUCAGAUAAGUGUACCACAGAUGUUGAAAAUUUAGCCGGCGAUUUUGAUGUCUACAAUAUUGAAACAGCAAUGCCUAAAAUUGACUUGGAUGCAAUAGAAAUACAUUUAAAAGCAGCAAGAGAAGAAGAACGUCGGAGAAGAAAUGACAGAGAAGAAAUUCGAAAAAGGUUGGCUAUGGGUUCAGAUGCAGAUGAACUUAAAGCUGAAAAAGGCAAGAAACCUAGUCUUCAGUCACGUCUUCAAAAUGGUAUGAAUCUACAAAUCUGCUUUAUGAAUGAAGCAUCAUCAGAUACAGAAUCUCCAAGCGUGGAGAAGGAGAUUUUGUCGAAUUCAACCUCAUCCAUAGUAACAGGGCAAAGUCAUCAGAUUCUUGGAAGAAAUUUAAUACCUCAAGUAUUGAGUCUUCCACCAUUACGACUUGACAUUGUUUCUAAUUCUGCACCUAUUGAUGAAGCUGAUUUUUUUGCUCGACAAACAAGAUUGCAAAUGGAAGCACGAAUUGCGCUUUCCCAAGCUAAAGAAAUGGCUCAUAUGCAGGUGGAAGUUGAAAGGCAAAAACUCAAACAUAGUCCCAUCACGGAAAUGGUUCGAUCGAGUCUUGCGAAGAUUGGCAUACAGCUGGGUGAAGAAAGACGAAGACUUUCUCGAAUGUUACUUACGGAACUGAAUGUUGCUCAACUUCAAGUUCUAGCAAAUGAUCUCCAUGCACGAAUAGCCACAUUAAACGAGAAUUUAGUAGAAGGUUUACUUAGGAGAGACGAUCUUCAUAUGGAACAAGACUCAAUGCUAGUAGAUGUAGAGGAUCUCACACGAUAUCUAGGUGCCAAGCAGGAAUCGUUAAAAAAGAAACAGCCUUUCAAGGGGAAAACUGUUUCCUUAAAUAAAACUUACAAACAUCAACAUACUCCUAAUUCACCUUACCUUCAAGCAAAUAGUGAAAUAAAAAGUCAACAGUGAUCAAAUCAAGUCUAACCAAAUUUGCAUCUAAAUAAAUAUAAAAUUUAUAACAUAAAUAAAUUAUUAUUAUCAGUGUAAGCAAUGAAAAGAGUAUGACUCACACAACUAAAAUUUUUGAGAAACACGUUAUGAGUUCGCAUCAACAUUUUUGCCUUAAUAGCACCGCUUGUUUCUGCAACGUUGCAUCAUCAUUUUCGACAAUGAAAAUUUACUCUUAAAACCUUUUCAUAUUUAAAAUAAUGAUCAUAUAACGUUCCAGAAAUAAUGUCUGCUAUUAAAAGGAAAAAAGAACUUGAAGUCGAACAUUUUUUUCCAUGUAGAAUUAAAACAAUAUACUUAUUGAUAAUUGUAAGAAUCAUAUUCGAAUGAAACACAGUUAACAUAUAAAAGUAUAAACUAUUUAAAACUCGUUUAAAUUAUGCAUAUUAUUCACGUACAAUAAGUCAGAGUUUAAAACUUGGAAUUAAAAUUAAUUCAAAAAAGAUUUCUACUUAAUGCUUUCAUCUUGUUCGCUUAUUAGAUUCGCUAAAAAUGUAACAAAUCUCUAUUACUAUCUCCAUUAUUAUUAUACAGAACAAAAGUCAUUCGAAAUUAAAAUAGGAACUAUAAACAUUUAUAAGUUGUACAAAAAUAAACGUAAAGCGAUAUAAAAA